GCCCUCAAUGUUUUCUAGAAGACUUAUCACAGUUCAGCCCGAUAUUUUGGAAUGGCUCACAUCACAGCGUCAUACCUUAAAUAUUUUGAGAAAGGAACGUUACAAGCUGGAGAAGGGGUUUGUCGCUUAUUUCAAAGACAUUGUUGAAUUUUUAAAGAAUCGUGAGUCUUCGCAAACUAGCGAACGAAGUGAAGAUGAGAAAAAAAGGGCUGAAAAUGCAGAAAGAUCCAUUGGUCAAUUUUAUGAAUCUGAAGAACUUACAAAAUCUAUGAAAUGGAAGCGUGUGACAUGGAACGAGGAUGCAGAUUAUUCUAGCUUUUCUAAACGGAUUUUAGACAAUGACGCUAUGUUUAAGCAGGUUCCAGCCUUUUCGUUCAUGUCAGUUCAUAUCAUAAAAGACCCAUUAAGCACUGAUUUGAUAACUUUACCACCACAGAAAAAAAUAGUAUCCCAUGGUGAUUUAACAAAUCUGUUUUCACAAGAACGAGAGCCAAAAAUAGUGAAACUGUAUCAUACCACUGUGACUGCUGAACGACGUAGUGCAUUCAAAGUUGACUGGUCUUCUGGAAAUGUGAAGAUUCUUGAUACUGCGUCAGCUCAGGAGAUACUAACGUUUCUUUCCACUGUUGCCCCUCGUCUCCAAGCAUUACAAGUAAAAAUGGAAGAACAACAAUCCCAUCAAGCACAAGAUGUUGAAAAAGUGAGAGUACGGGUUGGUGUUUUAGUUAAAUUUAACGAGUUCGACACAAGUUUCUGGGAUGAUGCAAAGCGAAAGACGGAUCUUAACUAUAUCAGUCCAGAUGAUCUUGAAAUUUUUCUAAAGUCAAUGUUAAAAUCAGCUUUCCUGUAUCGAUGGUUUUUAAAAGGGCAACAGAUUCGUGUUGUUCCACCGGGAAGGUCAUAUUUUGUGGAUGUGGAUGCAAAAGAAGUGCAUAUACCAGCAAAUUUCGUCGAAUAUAAUUGGCUAAAAGCUCACAAUCGAUUCAUGAAGAUUGAAACUGUAUUUGAUAGCUUCCGCAGAUUUUGGUGGGUUUGGUUUUCUUUGGGGAUGGUACUUAUUGGUGACGUCGAACUACUUUAGUAAAUAAUUAUACUAAUAAAUAAAUAAAUAUAUUCAUAUAUUUACGUGCAUCAGAUUAAUAAGUUUUUGAUCCGAAAAGAUAACAAAAAA